GGAUAUCGAUACAGAUGUCUGUGUUGAUUACAUCAAUAGAACCUAAGUGCGAUACGCUAUUCAAAAAAAAUAUACAUAGGCAAGAGAACGUGCGUCAACUCACGAACGUCACAAUAUACCAACGCAAACUGGUAAUAAACAGUUUGGCCAUUUAUUGAAUAGAAAAUAAGAACGCAGCUGCUAAUAGUUUUUACUAAACUGAAAGCAUUUGGAUAAUUGAUCUGACAGCCGUAAACACGGCGGGUCUGGCACGUAAAAAAGAACCAAUGGCAUACGAGUUUCAGUUACACGUCGAUUAAAAUUUUUUUGCAUAAAAAGACAAAUUUUCUGAAGGCAAACUUACAGUUUCGACGAGACAAACGACAGAGAUGACAUUUUACGUAUUAGUCGUACUUGCAUUAGCGGCCGGCACCUUAUCGGCUGACGAUGCGUCCAACAGGCAGAGCGCAUUACCAUCCUUGCUACCCUGUGAUCCCAAUUAUCCGUACCGAACCUUAGACGGAUCGUGCAACAAUUUGAACAACCCGCGGUAUGGACAAGCCAACACCAUCUACCAACGUUUGAUUGCCCCAGCAACCUAUGCAGACGGUGUUUCGGCUAUCCGUUUGUCUCAAUCGGGCGCCGCUUUGCCAAGUACCCGAUUGGUUUCAACUACAGUCACCAGCAACAACAGCGUGCCUAACAACGAUGCCACUUUGAUCACGAUGCAGUGGGGUCAGUUUUUGGACCACGACUUCACCCAAACCAAACAAUUCACAGUCGCGGCAGGGUGCUGUAAUCCAGCUGGAGCUCGAUUCGGUAACGCCUCAACCAAUCCCGAUGCUGAGUGUUUGCACAUCCCAAUCCCAAGCGACGAUCCCGUUUACAGCAACGUCAAUUGCAUGAAUAUGAUUCGUUCAACCUUCGGAUUGAAUCUCGAUGGAACUACACCACCUGCCAGAGAACAGAUCAACAUUCUCACUCACUGGAUCGAUGGUUCGAUGAUUUACGGAAGCAGCGACGCCACUGCUCAAUCCUUGCGCGACACCAGCUCGGGAAAAGGUCUCUUGGCAUUUUCCACCCAGAAUGGCCGAGUUCUGUUGCCAACGAACCCAGCUCUAUGUACCGAUGCAGCAUCAUGUUUUAUCGGAGGUGAUAGCAGAGUGCGGGAGCAGCCAUUGCUAACAAUCAUGCACACUAUUUGGGUGCGCGAACAUAACCGAGUGGCUAAUGCUCUGUACGCUAUAUUCGGAGCAAGCAAAACGGACGAAUUCUAUUACCAAGAAGCCCGUCGCAUCGUCAUUGCCGAGUUCCAGCACAUCACUUACAACGAAUACCUCUCCGUCAUUCUUGGCCCCGAAGCUAGAUUCCCGAAAAAUAAUGGCCCAUCUAACCCGGCUAUUUUUAACGAAUUCGCUGCUGCUGCCUAUCGCAUGGGUCACUCUCAGAUAAAAAGUUUCAUCCAACUGAUUGAAGCUGAUGGCAGUGAAAGUCCCCAGAGUUACUUCCUCGGCAACUCGUUCAACACUGGAACUUUCCGUCUUCUUAAUCCAACUUUUAUCGACAACGCUUUGCGUGGGCUUUUGAAAACCCCUUCCCAGUCAGUGGACGAUUGCUUUGCCGACGACAUUACUAGCCAACUUUUCCGUGGCACAAAUGCUCUCGGGGCUGACUUGAUUUCAAUCAACAUGCAACGUGGGCGUGAUCACGGCCUUCCACCUUACAUUGUAGCCCGCCAAACUGCGAUGGGAAAUAACCGCAGCAAUCCCAAACUUCCCAAAUCCUUCAAGGAUCUAAAAUCGACACAUUCCGAUGAAGUAAUUGGCCAUCUUCAGACUGUGUACCAAUCAGUGGCCGACAUUGACUUGUACAUUGGGGGAGUGACCGAAAAGAAAAUGCCCGGUGCCGUCGUCGGACCCACAUUCGGUUACAUCAUUGCCAAUCAGUUUCAGAAUCUAAUGACUUCAGAUCGUUUCUUCUAUAGCGACCGUUCACAACCAAUCUCUUUCACUGCAAAACAAUUGAAGGAAAUCAAGAAGGUUAGUCUGGCUCGCAUUAUCUGCGACAACAGCGAUGGGACCAUCACGCAAAUUCAGCCAAAAGCUUUCCGUAACCCAGCAGGAAAUAAUAAGCCAGUCUCAUGCGCUGAAAUCAAGGCAAUUGAUUUCAACAAGUUUUACGGUACUGCAUCGCCUUCUUCCCAAGAAGACAAUUCUUCCCAAGAAGACAAUUCUUCCCAAGAAGACAAUUCUUCCCAAGAAGGCAAUUCAGAUUAGAAAAAAUGGGCACAUCUAUUCGAUGAAACAGCAACAGUGAAAUGGAGAAUUCUCUCAAGUUGUUGUUCAACAUAUUUUAUGAAAAGAUAACCACUUUUCAGGUGUGGGGAGGGGGAUAAAAAUGUUUGAUCAUUUGCAAUGUAGCGUGUUUAAUGGGUUAAUAGCGUUAAUAGCACACAGCCGCAAAACAAGUGAACGAAUAAACACAUAUUGGUAAUUUA